AUGUAUGAAUUUAUGGGCGGAAGCGCCUAUGGCCAAAGAGACAAUUUUCAAAAUCUGAUCCGUCGAGGCAUCCGGAUGUGGGAAGAAGCAACAUGUCUACGUUUUCGAGAGAACAUGGCGUCUCGUGAUGCUAUACGGUACGUCUUGGAGAAAGGUGACAGCUGUUUCACUGAAUAUAUUGGUCGAAACGGUGGCCAUCAGGAUAUCAUUAUCGGGAGCGAGUGCGCAGAGUUAAAUUUAAUUGCUGAUAAUAUUAUGGGUUACCUAUGUGAAUCUACUCGAGCUCCUAACACCAUCAGGAUGAGGGCAACACCGAAUGGGCGUAUUCUCACAGUUUCCGCAUUAACACUGGAUGACACCAAGAAAUACUCGUGGAUGAACUCUUCAUGA